AUGCAGCGCUUCUUCUUCCCCCGAAGCAAGUCUCAGUCUCACCGCCGGUCUUCAUCUCAAAACCAGACCGUCAUCAGUAACACAAGAAACAUGUCCUCCGGCGUGGGACAUGGCCAUGGAUAUGGCCAACAGAACUGUGCUCGCAGCAGCAGCCGUCGGCACUCGUUGAGCUCCAGCCCUUCCUAUGUCCCCUUUAACGACCUUCUAAGGGUUCUCAAGCAGAGCAGCCCUUUCCUCACGAUGGACCUGGUCGACUCGCCUACAGGACUACUGCCUCAGUCUGGCAGCAGACCUGGCCCGAUCCCGUUUGACACUAGCGUUCAGAUGACCAUCAUCGACGACACGGUUACCAACGACCGCGCCCUCUUCUACGUUGUCACGUGCUCGCUGGACGAUCUGGAACGCGUUCUUUACGCCAUAUGCCCCCCCAGUGACAAGAUCAUCAAGUUCAGCACUAUCGGCAUCCCUUCCAUGCCCCUGAGCUCAACGGAGGCUCUUGACAACUUUCUGCGUCACGGAUACUCUGUCACGCUCGAGAUUGGCUGGAAACACUUAUAUUGA